UUCUUUUUUGAAGUUCACAUGCUAAACCAACUCUUUCCUUUUUCAUCCCUAUAUGAAUACUGAAUAGCAUCAUGCUACUAUUAGCCUCUAAAAGACCACCUUCCACGCAAAAAAAACUAACUAUUCAAUAACCAAGAGUGUACCCAUCUUAUUUCUCUUAUGGCUCGUAACAAGCUUGAGUUCCCUCUUGAAGCUGAGGCCUACGAGAUCAUCUGCAAGAUAGGUGUUGGUGUUAGUGCUUCGGUCUACAAGGCCAUAUGCAUUCCAAUGAACUCAAUGGUAGUUGCCAUCAAAGCCAUCGAUCUUGAUCAGUCUCGGGCUGACUUUGACAGCCUUCGCCGUGAAACCAAGACCAUGUCUCUGCUUUCUCAUCCGAAUAUCCUCAAUGCUUAUUGUUCCUUCACCGUUGAUCGAUGUCUUUGGGUGGUUAUGCCGUUCAUGUCUUGUGGCUCUCUUCAUUCUAUUGUCUCUUCGUCUUUUCCAAGUGGGUUACCAGAAAACUGCAUUUCCGUCUUCCUCAAGGAAACUCUGAAUGCAAUAUCGUAUCUUCAUGAUCAGGGUCAUUUGCACCGUGACAUCAAGGCCGGUAACAUUUUGGUUGAUUCUGAUGGAUCUGUGAAGCUUGCUGAUUUCGGAGUCUCUGCAUCGAUCUAUGAACCCGUGACUUCCUCAUCUGGAACAACAUCGUCUUCUUUAAGGUUGACUGAUAUAGCGGGAACGCCGUAUUGGAUGGCUCCGGAAGUGGUUCACUCUCACACAGGGUAUGGUUUCAAAGCAGACAUUUGGUCGUUCGGUAUAACAGCGUUGGAGUUAGCUCACGGGAGACCACCGUUAUCUCACUUACCGCCGUUGAAGAGUCUGCUCAUGAAGAUCACCAAAAGGUUUCAUUUCUCUGAUUACGAGAUCAAUACAAGCGGAAGCAGCAAAAAGGGGAACAAGAAGUUCUCAAAAGCUUUUAGAGAAAUGGUUGGUUUGUGUCUAGAGCAAGAUCCUGCUAAAAGACCAUCUGCAGAGAAGUUGUUGAAGCAUCCGUUUUUCAAGAACUGUAAAGGAGUAGACUUUGUGGUCAAGAACGUGUUGCAUAGCUUGUCAAAUGCAGAGCAGAUGUUUCUAGAGAGCAAGAUUUUGAUCAAGAGUGUUGGAGACGAUGAUGAUGAUGAGGAAGAUGGAGAGAUAGUGAAGAACAGGAGAAUCAGUGGGUGGAAUUUUCGUGAAGAAGAUCUCCAACUAAGUCCAGUAUUCCCAACUACUGAAUCAGAAACUUCUGAGUCAAGUCCACGUAAAGAAGAUCAAAUCCAAGAAAAACCGGAAGACGAGAACAUUACAAUCACCGGGUCUGAACUCGGUUUCGAUUUAUCAAAGGAGGAAACUAAAAUCCAGGAAGGUGAGGUUGUGGGGUUUGAUAGAGAUUUGGUGUUAGAGAAACUCAAAGUGUUGAAGAAAAGCUUAGAGCAUCAAAGAGCAAGAGUGUCGAUAAUAAUCGAAGCAUUGAGUGAGGAAAGGGAAGAGAAGAGCAGAGAAGAAGAGCUUCUAGAGAUGGUGGAGAAGCUGAAGAUUGAAUUGGAAGCAGAGAAGCUUAAGACCUUGCGUGCUGAGAAAGAUACUGUUUUAGGUUAACUAUUGUAAACUUCGUUAGUAUUUGUUAUCUUCUCUAUAUGUAAAAAUCAUUUAGGUGGAUGGCAUGACAUAUUUCUAUA